CCUGAACCCUUACUCCAGCAGCCUUGGCUGGGUGCUAUGUUUCUCUGUUGCACCCCUGUGGGUGUCUUUGGCGAAAUCAAGGUACUUUUUGGCCCCUGAAUGAAUGUCAGGACCAACAAGGUCCUGGUGUCUGCAGUAGCUUUAUUCUGAUCUUCCUCCUUGUCACUCAGGGAACGGGUCAGAUUGUUCUCACUGAGGCCACGAAAUCCCUCUGCCACCUAUUUCUUGGUCGACUUGGUAUCUAGGACUGUUCUUUCUCUGCCAUCUUCAGAGAGAACAGAGGCGGAUCAUCCAGGAGCAGAAGCAGCUGUCCAAGAAGCUGCAAGAUGAAACUGAGCAGAAGGAACAGCUAAGAAGGUCGAAGAAUGAGAUGGACAGCGAGCGGCGACACCUCGGCGAGACCAUCGAGAAGCUGCAGCAGGAGAUGGCUGACAUUGUGGAAGCAUCCCGCACAUCGACCCUGGAGCUCCAGAACCAGCUGGACGAGUACAAGGACAAGAAUCGCCGGGAGCUCUCGGAAGUGCAGAGGCAGCUGAAGGAGAAAACCGUUGAGGCAGAGAAGUCCCACCUGGCCACCACGAAACUGCAGGAUGAGAUGCGCCUGAUGGAGGAGGAGAUACGGGACUACCAGCGGGCUCAGGAUGAAGCACUCACAAAAAAGCAGCUGCUGGAGCAAACACUAAAGGACCUGGAGCAUGAGUUGGAGGCCAGGAGUCACCUCCGAGAUGACCGCGGCCGGCUGGUCAAGCAGAUGGAGGACAAGGUGUCUCAGCUGGAGCUGGAGCUGGAUGAAGAAAGAAACAACUCAGAUUUGCUGUCUGAGAGGGUCACUCGAAGUAGGGAGCAGAUGGAGCAGAUGAGGAACGAACUUCUUCAGGAGCGAGCUGUGCGACAAGACUUGGAGUGUGACAAGAUUUCCCUGGAGAGACAGAACAAGGACUUGAAAAGCCGGAUUGGGCACCUGGAAGGCUCCUACAGGUCCAGCAAGGAAGGGCUGGUGGUGCAGAUGGAGGCCCGGAUCGUGGAGCUGGAGGACCGUCUGGAGAGCGAGGAGAGGGACCGUGCCAGUCUGCAGCUCAGCAACCGCAGGCUGGAGCGGAAGGUGAAAGAGCUGGUGAUGCAGGUGGAUGACGAGCACCUGUCCCUGACAGAUCAGAAGGACCAGCUGAGCUUGCGCUUGAAAGCAAUGAAGCGGCAGGUGGAAGAGGCUGAGGAGGAAAUCGACAGGCUGGAAAGUUCUAAGAAGAAGCUGCAGAGGGAGCUGGAGGAGCAGAUAGAUGUGAAUGAGCAGCUGCAGGGGCAGCUCAACUCCUUGAAGAAGGACUUAAGACUCAGGAAGCUGCCGAGUAAAGUUCUGGAUGACAUGGAUGAUGACGACCUCAGCACGGACGGCGGGAGCCUCUAUGAAGCACCGCUGAGCUUCGCCUUCCCUAGGGACAGUGCUGUGGUCAGCCAGAUCUAACCCCCUCCCCUGGCUCCUGCCAGGACUCUGCAGCUGGCCAGCAGGAGGCAGCAGGAGGAGAGGAGCGUGGGGGCCCUGGCUGCCCCAACACAGUUCUCAAGCUCACAGCCCUCCCUGGUGUCUCCAGCGUCUUCCACCGGGAGCCACUGGUUUAGAACAAGGCAGCAGAGCCACCACCUGCUGGCCCCUUUGUGGAAAUGUGCCUUGGUAUGAUGAAGGCCGUGUUCUACACAUCUGUGCCUCCUCCUGCCAAGAGACAGCGUCCAAAGUGCCACACACUAUUUUAGAGCCAAGCGCAGGGAAGGGAAUGAUGUACAUGCGGUAAAACCACACCUUCACCCGGACUGCUGUUGUCCCAUUUCAGAACAUUCCACAGCCUCUGUAAAGCUCACAAACCUAUACCUAGUAUUCUUUUUUAAAACCCAAAGCUACUAGGCUUUAUUCAAAAUUAGAGGUGAGAGACAAAGUAGACUAUAGGCCAGUUUGGAAAUCAGAGUUGGAAAAAAAGAAAUCGCAGUGACCUAUUCUAGGGUCAGGUGCUCAGGUAACCUGGGUAAACCACUGUUGCUGAUAAAGGAGGUGUUGAGUAAGGUCACGGGGAAAGGGAGAGGGGAAAGGAGGUGAGCAGCAGGUGUGGGUGUGGGGCUAGCGUGAGAAGGUAGAUAGAACAGUCCUUGAGAGCUGGGGAUGUGUAGAUCAAAGGUGGGCAGAGUUGGAGCUGGAUUGAUACUGGAGAAGGAAGAGUGGGAGGUGGGGGAGAGUGGGGUAAUCUCCUUCCAACUUCUGGGCACAAGGGGACACAGAAAGGGUCAGGCACAGCCCUGGAGUGGAAUUACAAGGAGGGUGGCCUUGGGAAGACGCAAGGUACCCCACACACCCACACGGUGCAGGGCAGGAGGGAAGCGGCCAGGAAGAGGGCCCUGGGAGCUAGCAGUGGGGCCAAGAUGGUUUCUGCAGUGUCUCUUCAAAUCCUAGUAGGUAGGAGGCCUGUGGGCCACAGAAGUCCAUGACAAUCGGCAUGGGGUCCCACUUACCUUAGGGUCCCAGGGCUGCUUAACAGGAUACAGAGGCACCAGCCUGCAGAAAUGACAGGCACCUGGAGCCAGAGAGCAAAGCCGUCCUCGCUACUACCUGGGUCACUGUGUCCUACGACACCUAGCGGUGGCUGUGGCCCCGGCUCACUCCUAGGGUGUGGAGCAAGCCUUCCCUUAGCCAUUCAUUCAUGUAGUAGUUCUGUUGGUCCCCUGUGCUUCCAGGCACAGCCAUUGGCGCUGAGGCAGCAGUGAAUAAAUAUAUGGGUAAAAAACGGUCCUCCUCGAGCUCAGUCAGCGGAGGGGGUGACGGGCAAUAAAUAUUUAACCAAGCUGACACAGGGCUGAGCACCGCAGAACCCAGCCCCAAGCCCUCUGCCCUCUUGGGGAUGUGACAGUCACAGGGGUCCUUGGACCCUUGGUGCGUAUUUCAUUUCCCCGUUGCUCCCACAUAGCCAAACACCUCUCCGGAAGCCAGCCUGCAAGGGCCUCGGACGUGGGUAACUAGAGCAUAGGAAAGAGCUCAGCAAACCCCAGAACUGGGGGAAGGAGCAUCUGGUCUGCUUGAAGAAAAAGUGUGUGUCUCAUUCUCAACCUGUUCUUCCUGGUGGCCGUCAGAAGCAAAAGGCCGCUGAAUAGAGACAGAGGACACUGUUGAAAUGCUUACAGUGUUACCCUAGAAGGAGACGCUGAAAAUGCCGUCUGUGCUAGGAAGAUGUUAACAAUGGUCCCGCACUACGGUGCAGUUGGCAGCAGCCAGAAGCCUGCAGUAUAGUGGGGUGGGAAGAGCCCUGCACCAGGGUUUGGAGAGGUGUUUUGGGCCCUGGCUCAUCUCCCAUCCAUUGUCUUGACGGGAUGUUGGCCUGGGUGAGAGGAACAUGAGGGUCCUGGGUCCUUCCCAGCUUGAACUUGCAGCCAUUCUUUGAUCACACACACACACACACACACACACACACACACACACCUAUUUUUCUCUAUUGCUUUAAGAGCUAACUCUUGCUCAAGAGUAUUUUCUUUAGCUAGGGUAAUAAGCAAAAAAAUGUAGAAAAUAUAUGGCCAAAUGCAAUGCUGACGAGACAAUCAUCAAAUAUCUCUCACCAUUUCCCUGCUUCAGAGUGUCAUCCGACCAUACCUGUUCACAUACUCUGCUGGGUCUUGCUUCAGCAGAAGGUCUGGGUAUCGUGGGGAAAAGGCGUUCUUCUUGUGGCUACCUCCAUGUAAGUGAAUUCCUGGAUACAGCAAGAUUUCUUUUCAAUAAAGUGUCACCCAACUGGAA